ACAUCAAUCUCCAACAUGAAGUGGAUUGUCCUUCUCCUACUGGAAAUUUGUGGAGCGUACGCUGGAACACACAAACUGCAAUAUUUCUACACUGCAACAUCUGGUACUCCAAACUUUCCAGAAUUUGUUACAGUAGGUGUCGUGAAUGACCAGCAGAUUGACUACUACGACAGCAACAUCAAGAGGGCAGUCCAGAAAGCCCAGUGGAUCAGUGGGGCAGUUGAUGCUGACUAUUGGAACAGAAACACUCAGAUCUAUGCUGGUAAUGAACCCAGUUUCAAAGCAAGCCUUGGCAUUUUAAAAUCCCGCUUCAAUCAAACUGAAGGUGUACACUCAUGGCAGAGGAUGUUAGGUUGUGAGUGGGAUGAGGAGACUGGAGCUACAGAUGGGUAUGAUCAGUUUGGUUAUGAUGGAGAGGACUAUGUAUCUCUGGAUCUGAAGAAUAUGAGAUGGAUCGCUGCAGCACAGAAGGCGGUCAUCACCAAACACAAGUGGGACCAGGACAGAGCUUGGCUUGAGGCCCAUAAGAACUACCUCACCCAUAUCUGUAUUGACUGGCUGAAGAAGUAUGUGGACUAUGGGAAGAGCACUCUGAAGAGGACAGUCCCCCCCUCCGUGUCUCUGCUCCAGAAGAGCCCCUCCUCUCCAGUCACCUGCCACGCUACAGGCUUCUACCCCAGAAGUAACAUGGUGUUCUGGAGGAGAGAUGGAGACCAGGUGUACGAGGAUGUGGAGCAUGGAGAGGUUCUCCACAACGAGGAUGGAACCUUCCAGAACAGUGUUCACCUGACAGUGAAGCCUGAGGACCUGGACAGCAGGAGGUAUGAGUGUGUGGUUCAGCUCUCGGGGGUUCAGGAGGACUUUGUCACCAAACUGGAGCGCUCUGUGGUGAAGACCAACCAUGGAAACACUGGAAGGACCAAUCCAGGUGCAGAAGGUUCUGGUUCCUCUGGUCUCAUAAUUGGAGCUGUGGUUGGUGUUCUUCUGCUGGUCGCCAUCGUCUGUGGAGUCGUCAUCUGGAAGAAGAAGAAGGAUGCUGAGAAAGGCUUUGUUCCAGCUAACGCUUCUGAUGAUGGAUCUGACUCCUCCAAUAACACGGCACCAAAAGCAUGAGGCCUUUCUGUUUAACCAAUCACAGGAGAGAGGCAGAGACAAGUGGAGGAUGGAGAGAAACAAAACUCACCAAUCAUGAAGUGCAGAAAGGACGUACUGUUUAGAACACUGAGUUUGUUCACAGAGAUAAAAACAUUCCAUGAAUAGUCAGAGACUAUAGAGAGGUUUAUAACUGGGUUGAGAUCAGAUACUGUAUGUUUGAUCAUGCUGACAGCCUGGAGACAGAGAGGGCUCAGUGCUUCUGAUGUUCAGAUCAACAGCAGACUUCUCCUCUCUUUAACACCAGUCUGCAGGAAGGCUCUGUUAGUGUAUAACUGAUUACUGUAUUACACUAAAGGAACAACCUUAACCCAGCUUUAUAACAUCAAAACGAGGGGAGACGCUCCCCAUUAGUCUCCUAAUCAUGUUAGAAGUCAGCUACACUCUUCUAUAACUAACUGGAGAGAUUAUCUUAGUGACCAGCAUAGAGGUGUCAGUGAGUCCUCCAGACCAGCUGCCACUGCUUGUACUGUCAUGUUGUUGCUGCUGGAGGCCUGGACAGUGGUUUCCUCCUGUUUCAUUAUCCAUCUCUGAUAGGGGCUCCAUAGAUAACAGUCUAUAACACCCCCCCCCCCCCCCCCCCAUAUGUUGAUUUAGUUCAAAUAUGACAUUGUUUUGUGCAGCAGUGCUCUGCUAUGUCCUUGUAUAGCCGUUAAGCCUUCAGGAUGGUGUACAAACUACUUUCACUCUUAGACAGCUUCAUAACAUUAACGUGGGGAGAGGGUUUGUUUUGAUCCAAGUGUCGGAUAUGUUUCUUCUGGUAGACAAAUCCCUUAUAGUGUUUUUUAGCGUGAAAUCUCUUGAUCUCUUAUGUUUAGGGCAAGAUGAGAGAUAUUUAUCUCUUGUGUGAUACAUUUUCUAUUUCAGAAGCUUCAGUGAAGAUGCUUCUUUUGUCACAAUUGUGAUCUUUGGGCUUGGUUUAUGUAUAUGUGGUUUAAAUGGAAAUAAAAGGGGUUCACAUGUG